AUGACUGUGGUGACCCGUCCCCCUCGCGAUCGUCAUGGUUUUAAGAUCGCCAUUGUCUGUGCUCUUCCCCGGGAAGCAGAUGCAGUGAUCGCGCUUCUUGACCAUCACUGGGAGGAUACCGAAGAGGUCUACAGCAAAGCUCCUGGUGAUCCCAAUUCCUACACUACCGGUGUUAUCGGCAUACACAAUGUUGUGGUCGCGCAUAUGCCGCCUACGGGCAAGGGCAGUACGGGUGGGGUAGCUACGGGUUUGCGCACUAGCUUUCCCAGUAUUGAUCUCACCCUGGUCGUAGGAAUCUGUGGUGGCGUUCCUUUGGAUGCCGACCGGCAACGAGAUAUCUUCCUUGGAGACGUUAUCUUCAGUCAAGGAGUGGCGGAGUACGAUUUCGGGCGACAGUAUCAGAGUGACAGGCACGCCGAUGGUGAGGAGGUUAGAGGUGUACCUUCCUUGUCCAUCCAAUCUGUCCUGCGAAAACUGGAGACCGAUCGCCAUCUACAACACCUCGAGGAAGAGACAAAAAUCUGGCUUCAGACCCUGCAGCACCGACCAAAAUACAAGUAUCCUGGUCGUGAGUCGGACCAGCUCUUCCAACCAUCAUAUCUUCAUCGUCACCGUGAGCCAUCCACUUGUGGCGAGUGCUCUGACGAGAAUGUAUGCGCUGAUGCACUCAAGGCUUCCUGCUGCGACUUGGGAUGCGAUGAGAAUAACCUGGUGAGUAGGGAAAGGACUAUUAUGUGUCCGCAAACCCCAGAAGGUUCAGAACGAACCGAAACAGGGCCGUGGCCAGCUAUUCACAUGGGUCGCAUGGGCUUUGGCAGUGCCGCCAUUGAGUCCGGUAAGCAGCAUGGCGAAAUUGCUGAGCGCGAAGGCAUCAUUGGUUUGGAAAUAGAAGGCGCCGGUGCCUAUACUAGUAGCUUCUUCCCCAGCUUCGUCAUUAAGGGAGUCUGUGAUUAUGCAGAUUCGCACAAAAAUGAGGUUUGGCAGGAUUACGCAGCAGCAGCUGCUGCUGCGUGUACAAAGGCCUUUUUACAGCAUUGGGCAACAGAUGCGAUGAGUACGAAUGUCGAGUUUGGUGAAAUCAUGACCAUGAUACAUUCUGGGGGUCUCCUGCAGGGUCAGGGCAAGCCAGCCGCUGCUGCUGCUGUAUUUUGGAAAGCUCUAGAACGGAUGCAAGAAUCGCAGACCACAGGUUCUCCCAUAGAGACUGAUACCAUCACGGGAUUGACACAAGCCUUGGUCGCCCUGAACCGACAUGCCGAAGCUGAGCCUCUCCUAGUUCAGUCUGUUAAGUCAAACAUCCGACAAGUGGGUGACCAAGAGUCAACCGUCGCCGCGAUGAGGAAUCUGGCUGAGUUUUAUGAGGAAUGGGAUAUGUCCCUGGCGGCGCAGCCUCUUCGGACAAAGGUCGCACAAAUAAAUCAACGUCGACUAGGCCGUGGGAGUGUACCCGCUUGUCUAAGCCAGUACGAACUCGGAUUGAACCUCAUCCGACAAGGACGGCAUGCUGAAGCAAGGCCAAGCCUGUACACUAAUCUCGAGUACCCUUUGGAGGCUGAGGAUGUGAGCCACAAGGGCAAUCUCUAUCGCAUGGUGAAUAUCGCAGGUAGACUUGCUGACUGCGGGAUUGAUCGGUGCGAAUAUCUUCGCGUGGCAGAGCACAUGGCACGCGAUGCGGUGCGGCUGGUCAGACCACGAAUGGAGACACUGCCGUAUGUAGCUCUAUCAGCCUUCCGGACGCUUGGCUUCGUGUAUAGGCUGCUUGGGAAAGCUGCUGAGGCAGAAGAACAAUAUCUGGAGUCGCUGACCAUUGUAAACGGGCGCAGUCAGAUGGAAUGGUUGGAAUCAGAUGUGAUGGUCAGGUGCUCCUCAGUUUUACUUGAGCAGGGGCGAUAUUCUCCCGCCUUGAGCAUGGCUUCUGAGGCACUGGGGAAGGUUCAGAGGCAGGCAGAGCCUCUUGGAGAAACCGUGGCACGCUGCCGUACAAAUCUUGCUUUGGCCUAUAUGGAAAUGGGGCAAUAUCGCUCGGCUGGAUCGCUUGUGGUUGACAUUCUGAGCAAGGCGUAUGAGGAUGCCUGGGACGUUGAGAAGUCCACUCUUUCCUCUCUCCUUGGAAUAGUAUCCAUCAUUGAAGAUGUUGCCGCUACAUUGAGCAGAGCAGGAUGUUGGCAACAAUCCCAGCAUAUUUACGAAAAGACGCAUUCGAUCUUAGCUCAGUUGCUAGGGACGAUGGACAUGCGCACACUGCGGACCUCCUUGCGCCUCCGAGAUACGCUUAGCUUACAGGGCAAUUUUAUGGAUGCCUUGGUACUCAGCCUUGAGUGUAAAGACCGCUACUUGCAGCGAGUGCGACAGGAUACCGUGCCCGAACGAAUGAUAAUGGCUCAAUUGGACAUUGGGCUUGCUCGGGCAUACGAGGGACUGGGGGACCACACGACGGCAGAAGCACUUGCACGCCAGGCGUUGAAGACGAUUACCGAGAGUACAGACGAGAAUAGUCCAGAGUCACUCCGCGCAACCGCUAUUCUGGGAAGUAUACUUGUGUCACAGGGCGGCCCCAAGUUAAUGAAGGGUAGUGCCAUGCAACGUCGUGUUGUGGAGACAUGGGCUACAUUGACAGAAGAAAAUUCUUUACCAGCACUGGAGGCUAUAGAGGCGGUUGCUCGGACGUGUGAAAUUCAAGGGGAUAAGGAACAGCUUACGGUUUGGAGGGAAAGAGCAUCGUCGGUGAAAGAGACAUUUGAGGAGAGUUUGAGCGAAGAGGAAGAGGACAGGAUUGAGUAUUUGGUUGGGCAAGUAUUUGAAAAGUGGACCGAGAAUAGCGAGAAGGUUAUUCAAGAGAUCGAUCGACGGAGGACAAAGGUAUUCACGAUGAUGUUGCCAUAG